UAAUGAAUAGCUUCAAUAUCUCAGAUUCAAAUAAGUCUUGGGACGAUGAACUUCUUGCUGAUUCCAAAAGUUCACAGAUAAUUGAGAAGGUGGAGAUUACAAUGGCGACUAAAGAGCUUGCUAAAAGAGCCGUCCCUGCCUUUUUCGGAACGGUUUUUAAGCACAUGAUUGAUAUAACCAACAUAUUCUUUUCAGGAAAAAUUUCUUCUUUUUCCAAAAAUAUGCAAAUUUUCUCCGAAUCAGAUAUCAUUGCAGGUGUCGGUUUGGGGCUUUUAUCCUAUAAUGCUUUAAUCUUUUCAGUUUCCUGGGGUAUGUCGAGCACGAUCGACACACUUGCCUCACAAGCUUUUGGAAAUAAGAAAUAUCAUCUUUGUGGGUAUUACCUAAAUCGCUACAGAGUGGUUUCUUCGGUAGUAUUCAUCUUUCAAUUAUUAUUGCUUUAUUAUAUCGGAGAUUUAUUAGAGAUGAUUGGUCAACCAGAAGAGGCAUCCAGAAUCUGUCAAACCUUCAUCAGGUACCAAUUGGUAGGAUUAUAUUGUUCUGUACAGUUUGAGGGACUCAGAAGGUACUUGAUUGCUCAAGGUGUUUAUAAUGUGAUAGUCUACAUUCAAGCAGCUUGCUUCUGCCUACAUAUUUCAAUCCUGGAUGGACUCCACUAUAAUUCCUUGUUAACAGUAGAAUCCCUUGCUUUUGCAAACCUGGUCACAAAUGUGAUGAGUUUGAUCCUUCUGACUAUAUUUUGUAUGAAAACUACCAAGAUUCAUAGGGAAGCCUGGCACUACAGCCUUGGGUCCUUUGAAGGAUUGAAAGAGUUUAUACGCUAUGCCAUUCCUUCCACAUUGAUGAGAAGUCUGGAGUAUUGGGUUUGCGAAAUUCUGAUGAUAUUUUCAGGCUGGUGAGGAUCCAAACAGCAAGCAGCAGCCAUUACAGCUUGGAAUAUUUACUCAGCAUUCUACAGAUUUACAUCUGGGAUAUCUAUGGCUACCUCAAACCUAGUAGGCAAUUGAUUGGGGAACAAUGAUCCUAGAAAUGGGAAACAAUAUGCUAUUGCCUCAAUGUUGGUUACCUGAAUCCCCAUCAUUUUUACGAUGAGCUUUCUAUAUUUCCUCAGAUAUCAAAUAAUGAGUUUUUCAGGCGACCAAACAGUAAUUGAAAUUGGUGCAAAGCUUUUCCUCAUACUUAUGAUUAUAAACCCAACAGAUUUCCUUCAGAGCAGUCUUUUUGGGGUGAUGGUAGCCAUGGGUUAUCAGAAAUACGGAAGCCUGAUAAAUAUAUUCUCGUAUUUCCUUUUCCUCAUUCCUCUCGCUUAUAUCCUAGGAAUAACAUACAAUUACGGAGUUAUAGGAAUCUUCUCCGCAUGGAUCUUUGGAUCCAUCCUAUGCACAGGCCUGGUUGCUUCUUGUGUAUUCCUAACAGACUGGCACAAGCUUGCUCUCAAGAUCCAAUCCAGACUAUCAGAAUCCUAAUAAACCCUUGAUUCCUCUUCACACCAAAUGGUGCCCAUAUAUUUUACUAGUUCAAUUCUUGUUCGGACUCUUUCUAAAGUCCAAAACUGCACUUAAAAUUUGCCGAAAUUUCACUGCCAAAAUCAGUAAUUUUGUAUGGGAUUUCAGUGGUUUUUUAGAAGAAAUUGGAGGCACAGAAGGAUUUGGGAUUCUGGUGAGUAAGCCCCGACCAGAAGCAACCAGAGGGAAGCGAUAAGCUAAAUUUAGCAGACUGAGAAGCCUCAGUUUGAAGCCGAGCAAAGUCAUAGGCUUUAAGAAGAAUGGGUUUGGAGUUUUAGAUAAGGUAUUAGAGUGGGAGAGUGCUUGAGGAUAGUGUGUGCAGAAGAUUAAUGUAAAUAGAGGGAAUGCGGCAAGAGAAUUGAAAGUUAAAAUGAGUGGGUUAGUUUUAUUGAGGAUUAGAUAAAUCUCUA